AUGCAAGCAAAUUACCAAGCAGAGUUAGAAUGUAAGUCAUAAGAUUAAAUUAUAAGAAUUGUAAACCAAUGCUAUUGAAUUGGCAUAUUAAACUAUUGAGGAAGGAAAAUGGGAAAAGGAAAUUGAGCAAGAUGGAGUUGUUUUCUAUUCCAAACCUGGCUCUACAGGAUGGAAGAUCACAAGAUCGGAACUUAUAGCUGAAAUAGACCCAAAAAAAGCUGUUGAUGUACUUAGAGAUUAUACUAGAUUUUAAGAAUAUAACCAUACAGCUUAAGAAGUAUAUUAAUAAUCAUAUAAUUAUUAGAUUAAUCUCAUUAAGAAGAUUGAUGAUAAUAUUUCUAUUCAAUAUAUUUUAACCAAACCUAAUUAAGUUUUACAAUAAUAAAGAGAUAUAGUCACUUUAUCUAGAGUCUCAUCCUUGCCUGAUGGUACAUUUUUUAUUGUUUGUAAAUUUAUAUUUUAGAUAUUUUUAGCAAAAUCCAUUGAAGUACCUGAAGCUCCCAUAAAAGAAUAAUAUGUUAGAGCAGAGAUAAUUCUAAGUUUCUUUGGAUUUAAACCUGUUGAGAAUGGAUAAACCUUAGUGACAAUGGUAUAAUCUUUUGAUCCAAAAGGAGAUGCACCAAAAGACCUUUUGAACAGUUUAGCCAAUAAAGUAGUCAAUUAUAAUAAGCUAUUUGUUGAGAAUCUUAAAAAGGCAACAAUCAAAGAGUGA